AUGACUUCAAUUCCCAGGGACAUUCACUCGCAACAAGAUUUCAACUUUUCGGCGUCGCCAUCGGCAUCGUUUCAGUCGCCCCCGUCUAGCCAUGGAGGCUCGACAUUCGCGAAUCGGGUCAUUCCUCUGCCCAAUGCGAAGCAUUUGAAGCCCUUUGCCACCGAGGAUAUCAAGGUGCUGCUGCUUGAGAAUGUCAACCAGACCGGCCGCGAUAUCCUCACCAAGCAGGGCUACCAAGUCGAGUUUCUCAAAUCCUCCCUCCCGGAAGAUCAGCUUAUUGAGAAGAUCCGUGACGUCCACGUCAUCGGUAUCCGUUCCAAGACAAAGCUCACGGCUCGUGUGUUGAAGGAAGCCAGAAACCUCAUCGUCGUGGGCUGCUUCUGUAUCGGUACCAACCAGGUCGACCUCCAGUAUGCGGCGGAGCACGGUAUCGCCGUGUUCAACUCCCCGUUCAGCAACUCCCGCAGUGUCGCCGAGCUCGUGAUCGCUGAGAUCAUCUCCCUUGCCCGUCAACUCGGUGAUCGUUCGAAUGAAAUGCACAACGGUACCUGGAACAAGGUUAGCAACGGAUGCUGGGAGAUCCGUGGCAAGACACUAGGAAUCAUUGGAUACGGUCAUAUCGGCGCUCAGCUCUCGGUCUUGGCUGAGGCUAUGGGAAUGUCUGUCCUGUUCUACGAUGUCGUUAACUUGAUGGCUUUGGGUACUGCGCGCCAAGUAGCGACGUUGGAAGAUCUACUGUCCCAGUCUGAUUUCAUCACAUGCCACGUUCCAGAGCUCCCGGAGACUAAGAACAUGAUUGGCAGAGCUCAGUUUGAGCAGAUGAAGGACGGAAGCUAUCUGAUCAAUGCCAGCCGAGGAAGCGUAGUGGACAUCCCAGCAUUGAUCGAGGCGAUGCGCUCCGGCAAGGUUGCGGGUGCUGCGUUGGACGUAUACCCCAACGAACCCGCCGGCAAUGGCGACUAUUUCAAUGAUGACCUCAACAGCUGGGGAGCCGCUCUCCGGGGCCUGAAGAACAUAAUCCUUACCCCCCACAUCGGAGGUAGCACCGAGGAAGCGCAGCGUGCUAUCGGUGUUGAGGUCGCAGAGGCCUUGGUGAGAUAUGUCAAUGAAGGCACAACUCUGGGAGCGGUGAACCUUCCGGAAGUCGCUCUGCGUUCGUUGACCAUGGACGAGCCCGACCAUGCUCGCGUGAUUUAUAUCCAUCAGAACAUCCCUGGUGUUUUGCGGAAAGUCAACGAAAUUCUUGGAGAUCACAACGUUGACAAGCAGAUGACUGAUAGCAGAGGCGAUGUGGCCUACCUGAUGGCUGAUAUCAGCAACGUCGAUAACUCAACCAUUAAGGAUCUGUAUGAGAGACUGGAGAGUCUUUCGUCCCGCAUUAUGACGCGUAUAUUGUACUAA